AAAAAGACAAAUAAUACGUAUUGAAAAUGAUUAUGAAAAAAAAUUUAAAAAUGAGCUGGAUGAUGCUACAGUGAAAUUAAAUAAAAAACUACAGAAAGCAGUUGUACAGACACGUAUUAAUGUAACCAAUGAAAUGAUGAAAAAAUUAAGAGAUGAAAUCGAAUAUGUUGUUAAUGACCUUGAUGAUGAGUACCAGAGAAAACUUUGUGCACAAAAGGAUACCAUGGUGGCCGACUUUAAUCAGAUAAUGAGGCAUGUACAAGUGAAAACAGAUGAUAAAAUUAAUUCGUUUCAACAACUUAAAUGUGAAGAGUAUGAAAUUUUACGUGUUCAAAUGGAAAAUAAAAAUAUUGAUAAUGUUAAUAAAGCUGUACUUUAUCAUCAACAACAGUGUGAAAUUGAAAAAUUAAAAAUUCGCCAAGGAUUUGAGGUAAUUACUGAGGGUUUAUUGAGGUAA